UUUAUUAAUAAUCUGUAAGUCAAUUGAUUCAAGCUCAUUAAUUGUGUUGAUCAAUUUCACUUGCGCUGUUGACAAACUAAGGAUUAACCAGACUCGACUAUUUUCAAUAUGUUUUUACUGUAACCCAACUACUUUAACCAAAACAACACAUUUUCUGGUUUCUUUUAGUUUCUUUUUUUUACUGGUUUAACCAAAUUGGAAUCAAAUUUUUCUUUUGUUUUCUAAUAAAAUUAAUUGUUUGCCUAAUUGUGCCCACCAGAGUCAAUUUAAAAUCAUCAAAAUGACUCUUUUAACCUCGUUAACUUCACCGUUUGCAUCAAACGAUGUCAACUUUUGGCUAUUUAUAGCUAUAACCGCCAUUUCUUGGCUCAUUUAUAAGCUUACUCACUGGCAGCGUCAAGGAAUACCCAAUGAUGUUGCCUCUUUAUGGAACCGUUGGACUAAACCUUUCCACGAAUCCGAUACUCAGGCUUACGAGAAAUAUGGACGAGUUGUUGGAAUGUAUGAGUUUCUUCAACCUGUCCUCAUGUGUGGCGAUGCCGAGUUGGUUAAAGAGAUUCUGGUUAAAAGAUUCAACCUUUUUCCAAACCAUAGAUUUUAUGGUGGCAUCAAUCAAAUUGGAGGUAAAAGUAUAUUUGUACUUAAACUGGAACAAUGGAAGCGAGUUCGGUCCAUAGUCAGUCCAACCUUUACCGCAUCCAAACUGAAAGGAAUGCAAAGUCAAAUCAGUGAAGCUGUCAACACCUUGGUUGACAACAUUGGUGAAGCUGCCCUUAAAAACCAAUCAAUUGAUGUAAAAACAUUUCUACUCUCAUUUACUCUUGACACCUUUUCCUCAUGUGCUUUCGGUGUCAAAGUUGACUCUUUACGUGACCCUUACAACCCUCUGGUCGCCAACUCAAAAAAACUGUUCAACACCAACAUUAACUGGUUAUCAUUGAUAGCCUUUCAAUGUCCAUCCAUGGCUCCAAUCGGAUCUCUUUUUAAUCUCAGCAUUUUCGACUCUUCGGCAUUAAACUACUUCGGUCAAUUGAUACUCAACCUAAUCUCAAAGAGACACGAAUUGCAGGUAGAUCGAGUCGACUUUGUGAAGUUACUUCAAGAUGCGGAAAUAAUUGAUUCAGAUGCAGCUGAACAUUUAGCAAAAAGAAAAUUGACUUUGGAUGAGAUUGUUGAUCAAGCAUUGAUUUUCCUGAUUGCUGGCCAUGAUACCACGGCUACCACGUUGUCAAUGUUGCUUUAUACUCUUACUCGGCAUCAAGAGGUUCAAGAGAAAUUGAUUGAUGAAUUGUCAACCCUGACUGAUGAAGAAUGCUCAGACUGGGAUAAGAUAAAAAGUUUACCCUACCUUGAUGCGGUUGUUUCGGAAAUCUUGAGAUUCUGCCCGCCAGUUCCUCGAGUUGAAAGGCGCACUGCAGAGCCCUGUCAACUCGGUGGUAUCCAAUUGAAAGCGGGACAAUUGAUUACUAUUCCAGUUCAUGCAAUGCACCAUGAUCCUGAAUACUUUCCCGAACCAGAAAAGUUUAAACCUGAACGUUUCUUGCCUGAAUCUAAAGAUGAAAACAACUUGACUGCUUACCUGCCUUUUGCUUAUGGACCAAGAAGCUGCAUUGGGACAAGGUUUGCCUUCAUGGAGAUAAAAAUAUGUUUGGUCAAAAUUUUCCGAAACUUUAGAUUCGUUCCAAGUGACCAAGCAAAGGAUGAACUCGAGUACUAUCGAGGACAAUUGGUUACAACAGCCAAAGAAAUAAUACUCCGUCCAAUUAAAUUGUAAAUUUCAAUUUAUAUUAAAUAUUUAAUAUCAUUUACUCAAGAUGUGCCUGUAAGAUAAUGAAAUAUCCUGACAAUAUACUUAACCCAUAGACAAAAAUAUGUAACGAAAUGUAUCUUUUUUUAUAAAUUGUUCAACUUUUCCUUCCAAACGAUUUAAAA